AUGCGGAUUGUGAUUCAAGUUCUUUAUGCGUUGACAGUUGCUUCAGAGACAUUUUGUCGGACAGUAAAACUCAUGGAUCCUAAAAUAGUAUCACCUUGCAACAAUUCAGCACGAGCCAACAAGGACAAUUUUACAGCUACUGUUCUAGGCCAGGGACUUGUACCCAGGAAUGCACCUGAUAACUGGGCUGGUCUUAUGGCCAUUACCGUGUUCAGGCCAGGUCAACCCUUUUUUAGAGUUACAUGUACGGGAAUCUAUUUUACAAGUGGAUGCAAUAUAAAUGACUGCAUGAAAUGUGUCAACAGAAACAAUGAAAUAGUAUUCAAUGUAGAACUGAUUCUAGAAAAUAUUGACAGCAAGGGGUUACUCCGAAUGGAAUGGCUAGAAAAUGAUAUGCCAUUCGUAUAUUCAGACAGAAACUAUACUCUACCAGAAAUUGUUGAUGGCAACAAUUACAAUAUGACUUUAACUGUUCAUGGUCCUUCACAACCUACCGCAGGCAACGAAUGUCAGUUUCCAAAAUAUGUGCAUACAGCAAAUAUCUUUCAGCUGUGCUGUCUGAGCAAAGUAACUCCCUGCUUUGCUCAGAUUAAAGUCGGCGAAACUGUGGUUGCAACAGACAGGGCACCCUGUGUUACUUACGUGCCAACUUCAAACAGUACAGUAAACAUGGUAUUAAAAUACUCGUUAUGUACAAAGACUGACUACAUAAUCGGUCACAGGUGCUCAGUGCAAAGCGGUGUAUUAACUACAGUACGCACGACUGCUAGGACAGCCACAACCCGUAUAUUAACUACAAGAGCCACGACUGCCAGGACCGCCACAACCCGUAGAUUAACUACAGUACGUACGACUGCCCGGACUCCCACAACCCGUACAUUAACUACAGUACGUACGACUGCCCGGACUGCCACAACCCGUAUAUUUACUACAAGAGCCACGACUGGCAGGACUGCAACAACAAGUUUAUUAACUACAAGAGCCACGACUGGCAGGACUGCCACAACAAGUAUAUUAACUACAAGAGACACGACCGACAGGGCUGCCACAACAAGUCUGGAGACUUCAACUAUUGAUGGCGGUCUAGAGACUUCAACUAUUAGUGGCGGUCUGGAGACUUCAACUAUUGAUGACGGUCUGGAAACUACAACUAUUGAUGACGGUCUGGAGACUUCAACUGGUGACGACU